AUGCCUGUUUCUCAAGAUUUGGAGGAAAAAGUGAAAAGUAUGUUUGGUUUCAUACCAAACAGUUUAGCAGAAAUGUGCAAAGAUCCUUUCACCAUACAAGUUUACCUUCAAGGAAUUAAUUUAAAGAAGGAGCAUGCCACUCUCACAUUUAUCCAACGUCACAUUGUUGAAUAUAUUGCUUCAUCAAUGAAUGGUGAUGAAUACUGUACACAAAUGCACGCCAAAUUCCUGAAAACUAAAGCAGGAUUUACCAAUGAAGAAUUAUUGGAAAUGAAAUAUGGAGGAUUACCUUCAGCUAGUUCUCAUCCCGAUGUUAUUCCCAUCAUCAAACUUGUCCGUACCAUCAUCAAUAAGAAAGGGAAAUUAUCACAGGAAGAUAUUAGUACAUUUGAAAAUAUGAAAAUUACAAGGGAUCAAAUGUAUGAAAUUAUAACAUCAAUUCAUCUAAAAUCCAUACAAAAUUAUGUAAAUAAUUUGUCGAAUCCAAUCUUGGAUGAACGUUUCUGUGAUAAUGUUUCUCAAACAACAACAACACGAAAAUAA